ACUUCCUUCGAUAUGACCCAAGUUGCCUGGACGUCCAUCACGCACCUCAACUAUGCGUUUGCCAUUCCCUAAUAUGAACGGGACGCUGGCGUUGCUGGACCCGAUGGCUUCGCUUGGAAAGCCGAAUCCUUCCGUGACGGGACAACUGCAAGGCCACUUGGGGCUAGCCAACUCGCUUAAGAGGUUGAACCGCGCCACGAAAGUCGGGUUGUCCAUUGCCGGGUACACUGGAAGCGGCGCGCUAUCCACAAUUGCUGCGUCACCGACACUCCGAGACACGUUUGUCGCUGCCACGAUCCAGUUGGUGGAAGACUUGGGGUUGGACCACAUCGACUUGGAUUGGGAGUUUCCUGCCGCAUCGGACAUGGCCAACUUUGUUGCGCUGUUGCGACAGCUCAAGGCUGCGUUAGCUGCGUUGCCGUAUUCAACCGAGCUCACGAUCGCAGCGCCAGGGUACGACGUCUCGGCUUGGAUUCCGCGCAUCCGCCUCGUUCGCUUGAUCCCGAACCAUGCAUGCUGUACGUACGAUUUCAUGGGGGAUUGGAGUCCCGUGGCUGGAUACCACAGCAACUUGGACGCAAACCCAACCGCCCCGCCAGCAGCCCAGCUCUCUGUCGACCGUACAGUCAAGUUUUCGUCGAAAACAAUUGCCCGCCGUCCAAACUCGUGGUCGGCGCCCCAAUCUACGGCCGCGUGUUCAACCAGACCAGCGGCAUCUACUCGCCAUUCACGAAUGCCGGUGCAGUACAACGCGAUUCCCAUCGGCGACGAACGGUUCGACGACCCGACGCAGAGUGCGUUUGUGUACAGCGCGACUACUCGUCAGCUCAUCGUGUACGACAGCCCACGCAGCAUCGCUGCCAAAGCCACCUAUGUUGAAGCGAAUCAACUGGGUGGGAUCAUGUUUUGGGAAGCGUCGGGCGACCGCAGCGGCGCCCGAGGCCUCGUCCCCACGCCCGUCGACACACUCAGCAUGUCGGCGUUCGUGUUUGGCCCAAACAAUUUGAGCUACCCACGCUCCAAGUACAACAAUGUCGCAGCGCCUCCUCCGCCGGUCGCGGUGACACUGGUCACUCGCCCGAACAAAGUCAUUACGCCAUGGAACGGCACGUUGACCGUCGCGGAGACCAAGCCCGAGGCCCCUUUUACCUACGACCCAACGACGCAGUUGCUGUCUUCAGGGUCCGCAGGAUGCGUCGACGCGUAUCCAAGCGCGUCGUCUCUGUCGCAGUAUUCUGUUCACUUGUGGCCGUGUUCAUCGACUAAUGCCAACCAGCAAUGGAUCCUCGACAUGGCCGAGCACCACGUACGCCACGCAACCCACGCCAACGUGUGCCUGGACGUGGACGGUUCCACCGUGCACGUGUGGUGGUGCCACUCGAUCAACUUGAACCAGUGGCUCGACUUGGUCAUCGAAUCCGCCACGUUGAGUACAUUUCACGGUCGACAGCUGACAGCGGUGCUUGCCACGAGGCGGGUCGCAUUCCAACCGAACGGCCACGCGUGGACAUUCCACCACGUGCACCAAACGAUCGAGUGGGGAACGAGUGGACUCUACCUUGACGCGUACCAGCCAUGGAACGGCGGGGCAUUGCGCCACGUCGCCCAUACCGGGUUUUGCCUCGACAUGGCCACCGACACUGGCACGUCGCCUCAUGUCUGGUCGUGCCACGCCAGCCAAAACUGGUACUGUCGGUACCAGCAAUUUACUUACUCGCCCAUGGAUUCGACAUUUCGUGGGCGCUAGGUGGCCCUCGGAGCGAUAAGAGGAAUGGUCACGUCUUCCCCAUUUGAUGAACCAAACGACUGCCGGAUCACAGCGCUCGGUCAUGCAAUCGCACGUCGGUCGAGC